CCCAUAAUGCCGCAGUGAGAGGAAGUUGUGUGCGCUUACGCAAAAACGCAGGGCUGUCCACUCGCUCACUCGAUCAGUAUAACAGAACAGGCGGGGAGGACGACGAGCUCACUGGAGAGAAGACACAGCAGCGGCGGUCGAAAGCAGUGAUGUGGCGACAUCUGAACGAGAAAACUUCAUUAAAACGAAGAUUACCAGCGAAAAGAAUGGCGUCGACGUGUUCAGACGAAAGAGCAGAUUGCAACCAUUGGAUCAGGGCAUCAGAUCAACUAGACAAAAGAUGAUGGGAGUUUCUUGCAGUGGCAUGCCAUGUAAAUGUUGAUCUUGAUAAUGUCAAGGAAAGAUGAAGAAAAGGUUUUCCACCGGGAAGUUUGCCUGGGGAGACACCUCAGCAAAGGUCCGGGCAAGAGAAGACUGCUCUAACCAAUUCUGGACAGUCAAGUGGAGACUACUGCUUAAUGAGGAAGAUGGCCGCUCAGAUUUUGCUUUGGGAUUUGAAAAGAAAUUUGUGAAAAGUUUUAUUUUGUGAUCAGAUGUGACUUGCGAACGAAUUCGCUCAUGUGCUCAACCUUUGUAUUUUUUUCUUUUUCAUGUACCUCACCAUCAUAUUUUACUACCUUGUUUUUGUUUUAUUGCAAUGAUGCAUGUAUUUCAGAAUUUAAGUGUGCUAUUUUGUCAUUUUAAGAGAAAAAUAAAAAUUUUGUGAUUGAACAUUUUCGACUCGCUCUUAUUGGAUGGGAAAAGACGUAACGUUUUUCACGAUAUUUACAUCUUUAGAUAAAUGCAGCAAAACUAAAAGAACUUUCCAAGUUUUGUUUUACUUCUACUAUGCAAAGUUGCUUUGUUUUGGUAUUUCGAAUUGUUAAUAUUUAAGAAAGCUAGCCAUAGCUAGCCAAUAUAUUGAAAUUUAAAGAGUGCUAGGUGGUGUAUAUUUUAUUUAUUGUUAACCAAAUUAACAACGUUGUGUUAUAUCCCUACAAUAAUUCAAGGUUUUGCAAAUUUUGUCUAGAUGGUGCGGAAUCUCUUCUUAUCAUGGAUACAACCUAAAUUAUUAUUAUUUUUUUAAUAAAAAUAUGCGUUUGGGGAUGAGAAGAAAAUUUGAAAAUCUUUGGUUCAUCCAGCUGCCCUUUAAAAAAAAAAUCCUGUUAACAUAAAAUUCAUUUUCAUAUACAGAGCAGUUGUAUAGGGUUAAAACUAAAUGGUUUAAAAUGGUGUCCAGUGUAGUCCAAAACUGCAAAAUGGCUUCUGUUGUCUCAUUUCCUGUCUGUGCAGGAAGUGAAGGCUCACAGAAAUAAUUUUAUCAUAGAGCCAAAAAAACAAAAAGUCCUCUCUUGAUACCAACUAAUAAUUCGUUCCAAUACUAUAAACGUAUGGUUGUAAUAACUUGACCAACUAAUGUAAACCUAAAACAACUAGUUUUAAUUUAAAACAAAAGGGGAGGGUCUUUGGUGCAUCACCUGAGUCCUGGGUAAAUGGAGAGAACGUCAAUCAAAGGCUAAGCUCUCAGAGCUGGGAAGGAGCUUUAGAUGGCGGAUGAACCUUGGGAAGGGGAGAGCGUUGAGCCUCGCAGGGCUCUCGAUAGCACUUGUAUCUCAACUUUAGUGAACUUUGAGUCCAGCUUGGGACACAAUAAUCGCGCGAAAUCGUUUCUUUUUUCCGGUUUCGGUAUAUAGAGACGUUAAUGCGUAGAUUUUGUGACUUUGUUGCGUCGAAAACGUUGUGCUGUGUGCGUAGAGUGGCCAGUCGUUGUUUUCCCUGCCGUGUACUGGCAGCCAUGGCUGUCCUCCAUUUUUAGUGCGCUCUGCUGGGCUCUUCUCACACACACACUCACUCUCUCUAUUCAAAUAGCCAUCCUUGGAUUACAGCUAUUAUUUUUAUUUUCGAAUAUUUUUCCGAUUCUCAUUUUCAUCUGAAUCAUGGACUAUUUUUGUUUUUUGUUGUAUGGGCCAAAGUAACAAAUCGAGUUUUUUUGUCAGAUGUGAAUGUAGUGCUUCAAUCCUCCUCCUGUCAAUGCAAUAGUUAAUACCUGGACAAACGACCAUCAUUAACAAAAACCUCAAGACAAAAUCAUGAUGAAGAAUAAGAAUAAAAAGCAGGAAGACGAAGGCUCGACUCAAAGCAAUGCUUCCAGCAACUCUGCAUCAGAAGAGUCUAACCGGUCUGGGUCAGAGUCUGGGAGUCAGUCGGAGAGUGAGCAAGGAAGCGAUCGGGCUCGUUCCCGACAUUCUGACAACAGCACCUCUGAUUCUGAGAGCCACUCUGAGUCUGGGAGUGAAUCCACUGGGUCCAAGUCUCGUCAGACCUCAGCGCAGGCCAAAGACAAACCCGUCAAGAAAAAAGACAACCUGGCAGAUGUGAAGAAGAUGUGGGAAGAACAUCCAGACAUUUAUGGUGUUAGAAGAUCCAGUCGCAGCAGACAAGAGCCUGCCCGACUAAACAUUGGAGCUGAGGGCAGCAGUGAUUCAGAGAGUGAAAGUCCCAAAAGAAAAAGUUCACGGCAGAAAAAGAAAGAAAAUACCUGGAAAGAUGAUGACUCAAAUGACGAUGAAGAUGAUGAGGAAGAGGCCAGCAGUUCAGAGAGUGAGCAGGAAGAGAAAAAAGUUAGAUCCAGACGACUUCCUGCUAGAAGACCACAGACCAAAUCAUCUGCAGGCAAGCAGCAGUCCCAAAAGGGAAGGAAACAGAGGAAACAAGAGUCUUCUGACGAAGAUGAUGAUGACGACGACGAGGAUGACGAUGAUGAUGAGGAUACCCCAAAAAGACAAACGAGGCGCAGAGCAGCGACUAAAGUUAGUUACAAGGAGGACCAGAAUGAUUUUGAGACGGACUCUGAUGACCUUAUCGAAAUGGAAGGUGCUGAGGAGCAACAGGAUGAUGACAGCGAGACCAUUGAGAGGGUUCUUGAGACCAGGAUUGGGAAGAAAGGAGCCACUGGGCCGUCUACAACCCUCUAUGCUAUUGAGGAAAACGGAGACCCUGGGGCAGACUUUGACCCUGAGAAAGAGGAGGGGGAAACUCAGUUCCUUAUCAAGUGGAAAGGCUGGUCCUACAUCCACAACACCUGGGAGAGUUUGGACUCCCUCACUCAGCAGAAGGUCAAAGGGAUAAAGAAGCUGGAUAACUUCAAGAAGAAAAAUGAUGAGCUCAAUGCUUGGUUGAAGAGAGCAUCACCUGAGGAUCUAGAGUAUUAUAACUGCCAGCAAGAAUUAACCAAUGACCUGAGCAAGCAAUUCCAGAUCCUAGAAAGAGUGAUUGCAACAAGAGCAGGAAAAUCACAAGCACCUUCAGAUUCUCCCUCCGAAAAAACCACUUCCAGUGAGCCUGAGUACUUGUGUAAGUGGAUGGGGCUGCCCUAUGCUGAGUGCACCUGGGAGGAGGGAGGUUUAAUUAAAAAGAAAUUCCUGUCCUGCGUUGAAAGUUUCCAAAUCAGGAAUGCCUGCAAGACGGUCCCUUCCAAAGACUGUAAGGUGUUAAAACAGAGGCCAAGAUUUGUACCUCUGAAGAAACAGCCUUCGUACAUCGGAGAUGAGAACCUGGAGCUCCGAGAUUACCAGUUAGAUGGACUGAACUGGCUAGCUCACUCCUGGUGCAGGUGUAACAGUGUUAUCUUGGCUGAUGAAAUGGGUCUGGGGAAAACCAUUCAGACGAUCUCCUUCUUGUCAUACCUUUUCCAUCAGCACCAGCUUUAUGGGCCCUUCCUGCUGGUGGUACCCCUGUCAACCCUUACGUCCUGGCAGAGGGAGUUUGAUACCUGGGCCCCUGAUAUGAAUGUAGUGGUCUACCUGGGAGAUCUCAUAAGUAGAAAGACAAUCCGUGACUAUGAAUGGAUCCACCAGCAGACAAAAAGAAUCAAGUUCAAUGCACUUUUGACCACAUAUGAAAUUCUGCUAAAAGAUAAGGGAGUGUUGGGCAAUAUAAACUGGGCCUUUCUGGGCGUUGAUGAAGCUCAUCGGCUUAAGAAUGAUGACUCGCUGCUGUACAAAUCUCUGAUGGACUUUAGAUCCAAUCACAGGCUGCUCAUCACAGGGACCCCGUUGCAAAACUCACUGAAGGAGCUGUGGUCCCUUUUGCACUUUCUAAUGCCUGACAAGUUUGAGUCCUGGGAGGAUUUUGAGGAUGUGCAUGGUAAAGGCAGUGAUAAUGGCUAUCAGAGCCUACACAAAGUUCUGGAGCCGUUCCUGCUGCGUCGUGUCAAGAAAGACGUGGAGAAAUCCCUGCCUGCUAAAGUAGAGCAAAUCCUCAGAGUCGACAUGUCUGCCCAGCAAAAACAGUUUUACAAGUGGAUACUAACAAGAAACUACAAAGCCUUGUCCAAAGGCAACAGAGGGAGCUCCUCCGGCUUUCUUAAUAUCGUCAUGGAGCUGAAGAAGUGCUGCAACCAUGGUUUCCUCAUCAAACAGCCAGAGGAUAAUGAGAAUGAAAACUCACUAGAGCAUCUACAGGCACUGGUACGUGGCAGUGGGAAACUGGUUCUCCUAGAUAAGCUCCUCACGCGACUGAAGGAGAGAGGCAACCGGGUUCUCAUCUUCUCCCAGAUGGUCCGCAUGUUGGACAUUCUUGCCGAUUACCUGUCUUUUAAACGAUACCAAUUCCAGCGUUUAGACGGCUCCAUCAAGGGAGAGCUCCGAAAACAAGCAUUGGACCACUUUAAUGCUGAAGGCUCUGAGGACUUUUGUUUUCUGUUGUCCACACGUGCCGGAGGGCUUGGAAUUAACCUGGCCUCUGCCGACACAGUGGUCAUCUUUGACUCGGACUGGAACCCACAAAAUGAUCUUCAGGCCCAGGCUAGAGCUCACAGGAUUGGCCAGAAAAAGCAAGUGAAUAUCUAUCGUCUGGUCACCAAAGGCACAGUGGAGGAGGACAUUAUUGAACGGGCGAAAAAGAAGAUGGUUCUAGACCAUCUUGUCAUUCAGAGAAUGGACACCACUGGGCGAACCGUACUUGAUAACAACUCUGCAAAUUCAAAUUCAAACCCUUUUAAUAAAGAAGAACUGACAGCUAUCUUAAAGUUUGGAGCAGAGGAACUGUUCAAGGAACCUGAGGGAGAGGAAUCAGAACCACAGGAAAUGGACAUCGACGAGAUCUUGCGGCUUGCUGAAACGAGAGAGAGUGAUCAGGGGUCGAGUGCCACCGAUGAGCUUCUGUCACAGUUUAAGGUGGCUAACUUCACUAUGGAUGAAAGCACACCAGAUCUUGAGGAAAAGCAUGUGAGAGACUGGGAGGAGAUCAUUCCAGAGGAGCAGCGGAAGAAGGUGGAGGAGGAGCAGAAACAGAAGGAGAUGGAGGACAUCUAUAUGCUACCUAGAAGCAGAAGCUCCAACAAGAAGCCACAAGCCAAUGACAGCGACAGUGAUGUGGGAUCGAAACUAAAGCAAAGAACCUCUGGCUCUGACAGCGAAACGGACGACAGCGAGGAUGACAAGCGACCCAAGCGGAGAGGCAGGCCGAGAGCUCGCAAAAACAACGUAGAGGGAUUUAAUGACGCUGAGAUUCGCAGGUUCAUAAAGGCAUACAAGAAAUUUGGAGCUCCGCUUGAGAGGUUGGAGGCGAUUGCCCGUGACUCUGAGCUGGUAGAUAAAUCGGUUGCAGAUCUAAAGCGACUAGGAGAACUGCUACACAACAGCUGUGUGACUGCAGUACAAGAGCACGAGGAACAUAUGAAGGAGAACCCUGUUGAAGCUAAAGGCCCUGGGAAAAGACGAGGCAUCAACAUCAAGAUCUCAGGGGUUCAGGUCAAUGCUAAGUCCAUUAUUCAGCAUGAGGAAGAGUUUGAACCGCUACAUAAAGCUGUGCCUUCAAAUCCUGCGGAAAGGAACAAAUUCCAGCUGACCUGUCGAGUGAAAACUCCCCACUUUGACGUGGACUGGGAUAUCAGUGAUGACACUCAGCUGUUACUGGGCGUCUAUGAGCACGGCUACAGCAACUGGGAUCUGAUUAAGGCCGAUCCUGAUCUCAAACUCUCUGAGAAGAUUCUACCAGAUGACCCUAACAAGAAACCUCAGGGAAAGCAGUUGCAGAUGCGAACAGACUACUUGCUGAAGAUGCUGAAGAAAGAACACGAAAAACAAGAUGGAUCUAAAGCAGGAGCUGAGACCAAAACCAAAAAGAGGAAACCUAGAAUAAAAAACAAGGCACCAAACAACGAGCUGACCAAUGAGAUUUCCUCUCCUCGUCUCUCCGACAACCCGUCAGAGGAGGGGGAAGUGAAGGACGAUGGAGCCGAAAAAUCACCCACAAAGAAGAAACAGAAAAAGGAUAACAAAGAGAACAAAGAAAAAACAGGAACUCCUAAAAAAGAAAAGGAGGGGGACAAAGACAAAAAGCGCUCAAAGUCCAAAAAAGAGAAGGCUAAACCAGCAGGCAAAGGGAAGAAGGCCCAGGGCCCGGUGCACAUCACUGCUGGAAGUGAGCCGAUACCAAUCGGUGAAGAAGACGACGAGCUGGAUCAGGAAACAUUCAGCAUUUGUAAGGAGAGGAUGAGGCCGGUAAAGAAGGCUCUAAAGCAGUUAGACAAGCCAGAUGAAGGUCUGUCAGUACAGGAACAGCUGCAGCACACUCGUACCUGCCUGCUGAAAAUCGGAGACCGCAUCACCGAAUGCCUUAAAUCCUACAGUGACCCUGAGCAUGUCAAGACCUGGCGCAGAAACCUUUGGAUAUUCGUGUCCAAAUUUACCGAGUUUGGGGCUAGGAAGCUACAUAAGCUGUAUAAGAUGGCUCAAAAGAAACGCUCGCAGGAGGAAGAGAAAGAUCAAAAGAAAAAGGACGAUCCACCCAGGAAGAAGCCAUUCAGACCCGAGCCGUCAGGGUCAAGUCGGGAUUCAACAAGCACCCAGUCCUUGACCAAGCCCCACCCACCUGGACAUCCCCCUCAUAUUCAUCACAGAGACCAAUACAACCAAUCUAAUAAAAGGCACUUCCCCAAUGAGGAUAGGGGAGAUUGGCAAAGGGACCGUAAAUAUAGCUACCCAGGUAACAGCAAUCAACCCUGGCAGGGGGAACGGCAUCACCAAUAUGAAGGUCACAGGUACAAGGACCAUCACUAUAACGAUCGCCGGCCUCACAAUGACUACCGUGGCUCAGGAGGAUACCGUAACAGCGGCUCACCUCGCAAGCGUCCCUAUGACCAGUACGGUAAUGAUAGAGAUCAUCGAGGCCAUAGAGACUAUUAUGACAGACAUCCAGACCCCAAGAGGAGGCGUUCGGAUGAAUACCGUUCUCCGAAUUACCAUCAGGGUGGAGGAGGGCAUCCACAGGACUUCCGAAGGAUGCCUGAUCACAGGGGACCGCUUGGAAAUCAUGGCCCCGCAGGGCCCGAUCACUACCGCCCCUUCCACCCAGACAAACCCCCACCCCUCAUUGAUCCCCGUUCCCCUCAAGCCCAGAAAUCCCCUCUGGAGGCGAUCUCACCUGCAGAAAGAACUGCAGAGCAGAAACCUGGGACAGACUUCAAUUGGAACAGCAGGAAAACGUGAAGUAAACAUGAAGUCAGAGCAGAAACCGCCCGUACUGCCAUAAGACUUGGCAGAAAGGCCACUGUCUGUGCCACACAGGCAGCGAAUAGAGGAGACGUAACCGGCCACCUACAAACUCCUCGUCAUCACAAGUGAAGGUCCAAAAUCUGGAGCUCUACUGUGUCCUCCACUCUCUUCACUUUCUUCUAAGUUUCAGCGACCAGGUUAGGUCUGUGAAUAAUGAACAGUAUGGUUAGUCCUAUGGACUAUGAUGAAAUUGAACUUAAAGUAUUGAAGUAUGCCUAAGUUGGAAAGUGCCUCAUGUAUUUGAUCUUUUUUUGAGUCAUUAGCAGAAAGGGUGUAUCCCCGAAAUCAAGCUUUACUUUGAUUUUCGUGUCUUUUGUGUUGAUUUGUGCAAAAAAAAGAUAAUUUCAUGAAAGAGGUCUUUUGUAGGAAAAAAAUGAUUUUAAUUGCACCUUCAAAUGUUAAUUCAUUCUUCUGUCGAGCUAUCUGAAACUGAUGCAGGUUUUGUUUUUUACAAAUAAUCAAACCCACUCAAAUCUUUGUAGUCUUGCAUCAUUUUGAGGAAAAUCAAUGUGUUCAAUGUUAUCUGUUAUGUUGGGGUCACAAUUAUUUGUGAUAAACCAGAAAUCCUGCAUCAGAUUUUGCUCAAAUUAUUGAAUUAAUAUGUAACUUUGCUAUCGCAGAUCCUCUGUUUGUAAUUGUUGUAAUGCACAAACACCCUUUCAGAGGACAAUAACCUUAUUUAAGUGAAAAGGCUGAACAGUAUUCAGGGUCUACGAAGACCUGUUUGUCAGAACACUAGAUAAUCAUUACAUGUAAGCUAUCUUCUUCGUCUUAUUUUCUUAAAAGUGGUAACACGUGGCACAGUGUACGUCGACUUUAUGGUCAGUGCUUGUAUGAUCUGUACUGUUGCAUCUUUUUAUUGCACUAAAAGGACAGUACUCACAACUUACUUUCAAUGUAGUAAUGAUAAACAUUACCUGAAUUUAAUUUUUGCUGUUCUGUUAAGUUAAUUUCACCAGUUCGAAAUGCUGAUACAGUUGACCUUCGUGUGGAAAUGUAUGAAUGGACAGAUGUGUGAGCGAGUCACAAGCUAUUUUCAGUGAACCAGAUUUUGUGCCAAAACAUUCUCUGACUGGCAUGUUGAUAAAUACCAUUUAUUGAUUGUUUAUUCGUUGUGUUUCUCCAUCUGUGCCUUAUUCUUGUGUAGAUUCAAACACCGGUUUGGUAUAAGAACGUUUAGGGGUCUGAGAUGAUGCAGUAUUGUUGUUGUUGUGUACAAUUUCAAACACUUGCCAGGAUGGAGUAACUAAAUGCAUGUUGAGUCAGCUCUGGUGGGUGUGGAACAAUUUGGUGAAAUGUGGGCACUUCUGCUCUGUAAUACUUCCCACUCAAGGUCCUACUCACACUCCACACGUGUAAGCUUUGAGAUAAGCCAAUUUAAAGUAAUUUAUAUUUGUGAAAAGCCACUGUUCAGAUUAACUGUACUGUACAUAAUGUUUAUAGACCUAUGUGUAUUAAACUUUCCUACAUCAUGGACAA